AAUUCCGGAUGGCAAAGAGUGGGGGGCAGGGAGGAAGGGAGUCACAGAAUGAUGCAGCUGGUGGGCUUGUCCCUAUCAAGUCUUGCAAGGUAGGGGUUUUUAUUUGUAGUUUUUCAAUGACUACUCGAAGACUCCUCUGCUCGCCUGACGUUUGAGUUUAGUGCAGCGCAGGGCAACGUAAAGGACAUAACGCCCUGAGGGAUGUGGAGACUUGCUUCGGCAGCCAGCACAGAGAAUGCAGACAAUGGAAUGUUUAACUACAAGCUGAGUUAUCCGUAGCCUCUUGACUGCCAGUCAGUUGGAGUUAGAAGCAAGCACUGUGUUCCCGCUUGGUGUGUUAUAGUUGCUGAUCGCCACCCUGCGGGAUCCAAGGUGUCUGGGCUGAGGAUGAGCUGAUGGUGUACGAUGGAACUGAAGGUGUGGGUCGAUGGAGUCCAGCGCAUCGUGUGCGGUGUCACCGAGGCCACAACCUGCCAAGAGGUCGUCAUUGCCCUUGCUCAGGCUAUUGGAAGAACCGGCCGAUACACUCUCAUCGAGAAAUGGAGAGAGACAGAGCGCCACCUAGCACCACAUGAGAAUCCGCUGAUUGCCCUGAAUAAGUGGGGACAGUAUGCCAGUGACGUGCAUUUAAUCCUACGCCGUACGGGCCCUUCUCUGAGCGAGCGGCCUACAUCAGACACCGUCAGCCGCGUGCCUGAGAGAACUUUGUACAGGCAAAGCCUGCCGCCCUUGGCUAAGCUGAGACCCCAGAACGACAGAUCGUUAAGGAGGAAGGAGCCCAAAAGAAAGUCCUUGACUUUUACCGGGGGCCCGAAAGGGUUCAUUGACGUUUUUGGGAAGUGUACAGACUUGGAGGUGAAGCACCAGAGUCUCGCCAGCAGGGCCUCCGUGGAGGAGUUCAGGAAAGUGGUCCAUCUGCAGAAAGAGAAGCUUCACACUCUGCAGAGGCAGCUGGAGUCCAAUCGGGCGGAGAUGAAGUACUGGGAGGGAAAGGCGGGCUUCAGGUUCGAGGAGGAAGUCCUGAGGUUGGAACAAAGGAUCAAGAAGAAUGAAAUAGAGAUCGAGGAGGAGGAGUUCUGGGAGAACGAGUGGCAGAUAGAGCAGGAAAAUGAGAAGCAGCUGAAGGAGCAGCUGGGGGAGGUGAGACUCCGGAUCAGGGACUGCGAGGAGAAGCUGAGGGACUACACGCAGAAAAUCCAGAAGAUCGAGAACGGCAUUGAAACGGAGAAGCUGCAGCAGGAGCUCCGCGGGUCACAGGUCAAUGAGGAAGAGGUUAAAGGGAAUCUUAUUAAGAUCAGGAAGGACAUUGAGCUCAAGCAUCAGCAUAGCACGAGGCUGCAGAAUAGCCUGAGGGCUGUGGAAAGGACUUUGGGACAAGCCAACAAAAAGCUUCAGGAGAAGGAGCUGGAGCUGGAGCAGCUGACCAAGGAGCUGAGACAAGUCAAUCUGCAGCAGUUCAUCCAGCAGACGGGAACCAAGGUCACGGUACUGCCCGCUGAGCCGACAGAGGAAGAGCUGCCUCCACCCCAGGAGAAGGGUUCCCUGACUUCAACGGGUUCCCUGAAGUGUCCUACCUCAGCACGACAGCUGCCCAGCAACCUAAGAAUUCUGCAGAAUCCGCUGAUUUCGGGCUUUAACCCGGAAGGCAUCUACGUGUAACUGUGUAACUCCCAGCCAUGAAGCCACCAGGAGAGGUUCAGAAGUUGCUGAUACCCACUAAUUUUGUUAAGUUUGUUGAUCUUGUGCCUUGUCCGAACCCUGUAAUCACCUAGUCACAGGCGCUGGGCUGGGGACAGACAGACAAACGGGCAUGGGCUCCUGUGCAAAGUCGUCCAGUGUUGCUGUUUCCACCACACACAAUGUCGGUUCUGCUGAAGUCUCGAGCUUCAAGUUCGGAAAAAUAGGCAGAAGAUAUUUUGGGGACUUGGCAUUUGUUCAUCUGAAGGCUUUUUCUAAACAAAAACCUGGUUCAAUUUAAUUUGGACUUCUCAUUUCUUCUCUUCCUCCCUCCCUCAAAAAUAAAAUGGCCCAGUAAUAACGGUGGUAAAUUCCUGUCAGUAUUUUCAAAAUUAGGUCACUUUUUUCUCCCCCAGAGCAUCGUCUGUGUGUCCAGACGAUGGGAAGAAGAUGCACAUCUUGACUGGGAUGCACAUAACCUGUUUUGUGAAGCUUCUUCCAUGUACACUCAAAAUCACGGUGAAAAUGCACUUCACAGGAAGGCUUUUCUUUCAAUAAAACACUGGGAAUCUCUAAGGCCCAGUUCCAAAAUGCCAAACACUAACAUAAUUUUCAGACAUUGGCUUUUGAAGUUUGCAUUGCACUGUUUGUGACUUGUAAGUGAGGGCUGAUCCCUGCUUUGCUGCUGGUUUUUCUGCUACUUCAGUGGAUGGAUAGAAAGAACCUCCUGUCUGACCCAGUCACCGCCAGAGAGCCAGCAAUGGAAUUAGUUAAUAAUGAAAAUGAACUUCCAACCUCGUUAUAACUGUUGAUUCAAAGCCCAGCAGAUUGCAACAAGCCAGAAAAAUCAGACUUUCAGAAGGAUGAGUAGGAACAAUGAGCAGUGUUGAGAAGGUCAUGUAUAUUUUAUAUAUUUCAGUGAAUCCAAAAUAGAAUGUGGCUGUCACAUUUGGGGGAAUUAUUGUACUGGCCAAGGCUGGGGGGACUUACCCGAUUCUGAGUGUAUUAUGUAUAUAGUAAAUAAAAUAUUUAGAUCUUA